CGGCCUCGGAUGGCUGUCGGCCACACAAAGAACAAGAUAGGAGAAUAUGGAGCACGAAGAAAACCAUCUUGGGGGUGACAAUGUUGCUUCCUGCAAACUGGAGGAAAAACGAUUCGACCUGGAACCUACUCUCUCUGUCGCCGAGGGCCAGGUCGAUGCCGAUGAGACCACUCAUGGCGAUUUACAUCGCACGUUGAGUCCGCGGAUGAUCCAUGUGAUCUCCCUCGGGUCCAGCAUCGGAAGCGGGCUCUUCAUCGCGACGGGCAAAGCCCUAGCGGAGGGCGGCCCCGGCAACAUGUUCCUAGGCUACCUCGUGGUCUGUCUCGGGGUCUGGGCGAACCUUCAGACCUUGACGGAGAUGACGAUCGCGUUUCCGACUUCGGGGAAUUACAUCGACUAUGCGGAUCGGUGGGUGGAUCCAGCGUUGGCGUUCGGGGCUGGGUUCGCCGAGUGGCUUGGGUGGACCUCGGUGUUUGCGUCCGAGGGGACGUUUCUGGUUAUCCUGGUGAACUUCUGGGCUGAGGGCGUGGUGCCGGAGGCUGCUUUGCUCACCAUCUUCUUGGUAGUCUGUUUUGUGGUGUUCCUCAUGCCAAACAGCUUCUUCGGAUGGCUCGAAUACAUUGGGUCACUGGUCAAGGCUUUCUUGUUCGUCUUCAUCACGAUCAUCUCACUGGCCAUUAUCGGCGGCGCGGGUCCGACAGGAUACGUACGAGACGGCAGCACCUGGACCGAUCUGCCCGCCUUCAAGAACAGCUUCGGAGGCUUCUCCAACGCCGCAUUGCUCGCCAUCUGGGCCGUCGGCGACCAGGUCUUCAUCGGGGUCAUGGCCGGCGAGGCCGAAUCCCCGCGGUACUCCAUGGCGCACGCAUCCAACCUCAUCCCCUGGCGCGUCGCCGUGUUCUAUCUGGUGUCCGUCGUACUGGUCUCCCUGAUCGUGCCGUCCACCGACUCCCGCCUGCUGGGUGGCUCGAGCGUGGCCUCGUCGCCGUUCGUCAUCGCCGUUCAGGACGCCGGCAUCCCCGGUGUCCCAGAUCUAAUCAACGCGUGCAUGAUCAUCGGCAUUCUGGCGAUUGCGCUGGAGUGUAUCUUCCUGCCGUCGCGGAUCCUCCGCACCAUGUCUCUCCAGGGACUGUUGCCCGCGUUCGUGGCACAGGUGGAUAAGAAGGGUCGGCCGAGGUGGGCGCUGGCCAUCACCGCGGUCGCGGGCGUGGCUCUGACGUAUAUGAGUUUGAGCGCCGGCGGCACGGAGGUUCUUAACUGGCUGAUCGCCAUCACCAGCGCCUCCUUCUUCUCCAACUGGGCAAUCAUCGCGGUCACCUCGUUUCGUUUCCGGGCUGCGAUGCGAGCGCAGCAGAGUCCAUUGUUCGAGACUCCAUAUGCGUGGCAGUCGCUAUUGUGGCCUCUCGCCCCCGUGACCAGUCUUGCGGUCUCGAGCGUGUUGCUGGUCUGUCUUCUUUACACGAGCAUCAAGCCGGUGGUGAGCGGCUUUACAGCGUACAGUUUCUUCUCGGCUACGAUCGGAUUGAUCCUCAUCGUGGUAUUUACCAUCGCCUACAAGAUCCUUCGACGCACACCCUGGAGGGACCCCGCGACGGCGGAUCUGGUCACCGGUCUUCGGGAACUGAGUGCAGAGGAGUUGGAGAUGUUGGAUACUUACUAUGGACGACCGCUGUGGCGGAGGUUGGGGACUUAUCUGCGAGUCUGGUGA